CUUUCAACAACUUCCUCGACAAUCGCGACACAGUUGCUCGACAACUCUGUUGGCUGUAUUACUGUCAUGGCGGCCCAAGUUCAAGUGGCACUGGGGGUCACUGCUCCUCUCUCGACAACAGCUCCUACUUCCUCUGACCUCAAAGCCAAUGUUGAACUCAUCGAGGAGUUGAAGCGCCAGAACAAUUACGAGGGCCCUGAAGAAACAUCAAAGAGAUCCGCCGUCCUCCAGUCACUUCAAACCAUUAUCGACGAGUUCGUCAAGGAAGUCAGCAGAGCUCAAGGUUUAUCAGACAGCAUCGUCAAGAAUGCAUGCGGUAAGCUUUUGACCUUUGGAAGCUUCAAACUUGGAGUCAUUGGCCCGGGAUCUGAUAUCGAUUCACUCAUUAUCGCCCCCAAGAACGUCACUACCAAAGACUUCUUCGAAACCUUUACAGACAUUCUCUACAAACAUGCGCCACCAGGUGCAAUCACGGAGCUUGUUCCAAAACCCGAUGCUCAUGCGCCCUGUAUGACAUUGAAGUAUAAUGGCAUAGAUCUUGAUCUACUCUUCGGUCGCAUCGCAAACCUGACCCAGAUACCCAAAACCCUAUCCAAGGUAGACGAGAAGAUGUUGCAGGGCCUGGCUGAACCUGAAGUCCGUUGUCUGAACGGUGUUAGAGUGGCAGACGAGAUGCUUAGUCUAGUACCCGAGCAAGCUGUUUUCAGGACUGCACUUCGAACCAUCAAGCUCUGGAGCGCUCGGCGUGCGAUUGCUGGCAACAUGUAUGGAUUCCCAGGUGGCGUAGCUUGGGCCAUUCUUGUCGCUCGUGUCUGCCAGCUGUAUCCAAGAGCCACUGGCUCAACGAUCGUUAUGAAAUUCUUCAAGAUCAUGGAAAAGUGGCAAUGGCCGAUGCCGGUUUUGUUGAAGAACAUUGAAGAUCUACAAAUGGGGAUUAGAGUCUGGAAUCCUAAAAACUACCCUCAAGACCGACGACAUAUAAUGCCGAUUAUCACACCCGCAUAUCCUUCAAUGUGCACGACACAUAAUGUGACCUUAUCCACCAUGGCUGUAAUACAACGAGAGCUCCGCCGUGGAGGAAUGAUUGCAGACAGGAUCAUGGACGGCAAAGCUGAGUGGAAGGAGCUGUUCGCCAAGCAUACUUUCUUCACUUCGGGCUACAAGUAUUAUUUGUAUGUACUGACAGCUAGUACAACUAAGAAAGCUCAGCAACUAUGGUCUGGCUUUGUCGAAUCUAAGGUCCGGAUUCUCGUUGGCAAGCUUACUGAUGGCACAUCGAUUGCUAUAGCUCACCCUUUCAAUAAAGGGUUCAAUCGGGUACACCGGUGCCGUACAGAAGAAGAGAUCGAGGCUGUGAAGAGCGGCUCCCUCGAUUAUUAUGCCAAAGAUAUCGGCACCGAAACUACUGGUCAUGGUCUGGCUGUCGGAGCUACCAAAGAUGGUGCCGUUAAUGGGGAGGACAAAUCUGCAGACGAAGAAAAUGUCACAAUGGUCUACACCACAACCGACUAUAUCGGUUUGGAAUUGCGUGAUGGUGCCAAAUCCCUUGAUCUUGCUUGGCAGGUCGACGAGUUCAAGAAUUUAUGCGGCAGCUGGGACGGAUAUGAUGACAACACUAGUGCCCUACAUGUUGGCCACGUGAGAAGCUACGAUCUACCUACCGAUCUAUUUGGUGAGGGAGAGGUGAAACCCACCAAACCACAAAAGAAGAAGGCCGCCACGAAUGGUAGCACUAAGAAGAGACCUGCAGCAGAUGACACAACGUCAGGACCGGCAAAGAGACAGCAGCAGACUUCGAUUGCUGCAGUUGGAUAGAUUCUGUGCGGAACAUUCCAAACCUUGACUGUGCUUUCUCGCAUUGACGGAUCCCUAAUAGCAGGAUGCAGCGUCUCCUCACACAUUUACCGUAUCGAUCCCCAAAUCUCGUCGACUUUACGCCGCCCUGGACACCUUGUGUUCUACAUCACCCUUUCGACCAAAAAAACUAACAUAACAGGCCCUUUGCACCAUCCCAUGAGAGUUUGGUCAAGUAAGCGUUUUCCAGUCUCAGCACCCUUGAUUCUAUAGCAGCGGACUCUUGUGACACAGAAAGAUUUGAUAAACACGUGCUGGCGUUCGGUGUCAUUUGCAUAGUCUCCUGGCAUCGGCGUUCUCAGGAAUCUCAGAUGAGCAUUUUGCUGCGACAAAUGGGGUUGGCGAAUGAGAGGCAUUUAGAUGGCUCUGAAGCCUUGUAUGUAGCAUCUCCACGAAUAAAAUCUCUUUCCGAGACCACGGGUCUCAUACGA